GAGUCUUUGGUUUUUCCUAAUUGGCUCGCUCACACGCAAUUGCUAGAAAAAGCCAAUUGUAUCGCGUUCGUACCUUUCUUUAAUCUCUAUCGUGAAAGUUGAGACCAACCACAACCAAAACCAACGUGAAUGGCGUCGUCGUCGUCGUCUGAGUCUCCGUCUAGGGAUCAGGGCCAGGAACCGCCGCAUCAGCAACCACUCAAAGACUGCCUCCACAAAACCAAGACGGUUCAGUUUCUUGGACGCACCACUCCGAUCGUUCUCCAAAACGACAAUGGCCCCUGCCCUCUCCUCGCUAUCUGUAAUGUUCUGCUGCUAAGAAACAACUUGAAUUUGAGUCCAGAUAUUCCUGAAGUCUCACAGGAGAAAUUGCUUUCAUUAGUUGCUGAACGGUUGAUUGACUCGAAUAGUAAUGUCAAUAACAAAGAUGAAGGCUAUGUUGAAAAUCAACAACAGAACAUUGCGGAUGCGAUUGAUUUGCUCCCUAGGCUUGCGACUGGCAUUGAUGUAAAUGUAAAGUUUAGGAGAAUAGCUGAUUUUGAAUUCACUCGAGAGUGUGCCAUAUUUGAUCUGCUGGACAUUCCUUUGUAUCAUGGCUGGAUAGUUGACCCGCAGGAUUAUGAUACUGCUAAUGCAAUUGGAUCAAAGUCCUACAAUGCUCUUACUGGAGAGCUUGUUUCCCUUGACACAGAAAACAUUGGAAUCCAACCUAAGAGUAAUCUCGAAGAAGAUUGUGUUGAUUUUGUGGCUGCAACCACUGCUGCUCUUGGAGUUCCUUCUCCUAGUCUUUCAAAAACCAGGUCCUUUGAUGAUUCUCCUCAUUCUGUUUCUGAUCAGUUACCAAGAAAAGGUGAUAUUGAAGAAGAGGCAGAGUUUUUGAGAGCCUUGAAACUGUCUGAGGUUGAUUGUAAAGCUUCAAUAAGUGAUCCUGUUGUAGGUCAUGUAAAUGGUGAUGGAGGAGCAGUCUCUGCCAGUAUGGAUGAAGAUAUGUGUAACAAGCAGGUUAAAACUGUGGAUUCUGAAGAUAAGUUAGGGAAGAGUGCAGGUGCUGAAGACAAUAGCUCUCAUGAGUCAGAACCGUCCAUAUCUGAUGAUUGCGCUGCUUCUGGUAAAGACUGUAAUGAACAUGCAUCUUCUGCAUCUACACUAGGGGAAACAGAUAAUUCAUCCUUAAAGAAUGAUGCCAUAAGUGGCUUUCAUCAAUCAGCUUAUAUGGGCCUGGAAGAAUCUAAUGGACAGAAGGAUUCAGUUGAGAAGAAUAGUAUUGAUGCAUUGGUUCAGAAUGAGAGUGCAGCUAUCCUUUCUCCUGAAAAAGCCUCUGUGUCUUUGUUUGAGAGCUGUGCAGAUGUCUCUGGAGGGGGUGAAAAAAAUCAUGAUCAACCCUCUCAUACAACUACAGAUCAUGAAGUUGCAGUUGAAUCUCAAGUAUUUGGUGCAACGGGGAUAUCAUGCUUAUCCCCAAGCUGUGCAAAUACAGAUUCUACUGGUGUCGAAUUUCACCACAAGGAUGCUUCUGGAGAAUUGCCUUCAACUAUUGGUGAGAGUGAGCCCAUGUAUGAAGGAGAGGAAUGUGUAUUGGAUACAAGAACUAGAAAUUUUGAGGAUCGUGAACCUGUUUAUGAAGGUGAGAUGGUGCUUGCAGAACAGGCUGACAAAAACACCUUAGCUGUCCCUGAUCUAAAAGCUAAGGAUGGAUUAACUCCAGAACAAGGGGAAUUGAUCAAGAGUUUCUUGAGGAAUAAUGCCAGCCAGUUGACUUUUUAUGGGCUUUUCUGUUUACAAGAUGGUCUUAAAGAGCGUGAGCUAUGUGUUUUUUUCCGAAACAAUCAUUUCAGCACCAUGUUUAAGUUUGAGGGCGAGCUUUACCUUCUAGCUACUGAUCAAGGUUACAUAAAUCAGCCUGAUCUGGUUUGGGAAAAACUGAACGAGGUCAAUGGCGAUACAUUAUUUAUGACCAGUAAUUUCAAGGAAUUCAAGGUAGAAAGCCAUGAAAAUAACAACUGGGAUGAGAACAAUGCCAUGACCAGCACUGCUGACUAUCUUGCCAGCAUAGAAAGUGCAUCACAGGCAGGCUUAGAUGUCAAUUCCGACCUGCAAUUAGCAAUAGCCUUGCAACAACAGGAGUUCGAGCAGCAGCCUCCACGUCAUAAUUCACAGCAACCAUCCGUUACUGGUAGCUCCAGACUAGUCACAGGUCCUCAGGUGCCAAGAAACUCUGGAAGGACUUCUUCAUCUUCAUCCUCAUCAUCCAAGCCUGAUGGGAAGUCCAAAGAAAAGUGUACAUUGAUGUGAAUUUCACAAGCAGUUGUUUUAGAAGCUUGCACUUUAUAAAAUGCAUGGCCUUGACAAUUUGUAUCCCAUUACAGCAACCUUAUUCCCCAGGUCAUGUAUAUGAUGUUUAGGCUAAGUUUCUCAUGUAAAUAUUGGAAGUAUAUAAUGAACCACAGUGCCAGGUCUUUUUGUAACUCGUGUUGUGACCCCUCAACCCUCAAACUCCCCGUUUUAUGUUCAUUGAUUGCCCAACACUUUUGAACAGGGAGUAUUAAGCCCAACAUUGACAUAAUAACAUUGGUUUCACCGAGUAUUAAGCCCAA